AUGACUUUCACUUCCCAUAGCAGAUCACAGUCCAGCAGUUCUCUGGGCUUAGUGAACACGUCAUCCGGAGUUGCAUUGCGACACCGCCGAAGCGACUCCAAACAUGGAACUCCGACGUCGAGCACUUUUGCCCCGUCUUUUAUCAGGGAGGAAGAGUUGAGAGGAUCAAGUCCGGAUGUUGUCAAUGGUAUUGAGGGAGAAAAUGACUUCUCAGGGAAGCGAUACGUGUGGCUUAAAGAUCCACAGCAAGCUUUUGUCAAGGGCUGGGUGGUUAAAGAGUUGGAUGACGAUCGUAUCAAGAUUCAGACAGAUGAUGGAACACAACGAGAUGUGGACGCCGAUAGCGUCGAUAAGGUGAACCCGGCCAAGUUCGAUAAGGCCAACGAUAUGGCCGAGUUGACUCACUUGAACGAAGCGUCGGUUGUUCACAACCUUCAAGCGAGAUACCAGUCUGAUCUGAUAUAUACCUACUCUGGGCUUUUUCUCGGCGUCAACCCUUACUGUCCUUUACCCAUAUACAACAAUGAAUAUAUAAACAUAUACAGGGGACGGGGUCGGGAGGACACAAGACCACAUAUAUUCGCCGUGGCGAACGAAACCUUUAGAAACCUAGUUGAGGAAGGGCGAAAUCAAAGCAUCUUGGUCACGGGAGUCGGUGCCGGUAAGACGGAAAACACGAAAAAGGUUAUCCAGUAUCUUGCUGCUGUCGCUCAGCCGGAGACGAGCUCGAAAAUCAAGACGCAGCGCUCAAGCCUAUCCCAACAGAUUCUGCGGGCCAACCCUAUACUUGAAGCCUUCGGGAAUGCCCAGACUGUCCGAAAUAAUAACUCGUCGAGAUUCGGAAAGUUCAUACGCAUUGAAUUCAAUCGGGACGGGGCAAUCACGGGGGCUUUUAUCGACUGGUAUCUACUCGAGAAAUCGAGAGUGGUCCGCGUCAAUCCCCAUGAGCGAAACUACCACGUGUUUUACCAACUCCUGAAAGGCGCCAACGAUCGCACCAAACAAGAACUUCUACUCGAAGGACUCGGUGUCCACGACUUCACGUACACUCGAAAUUGUCACGAUAGUAUAGCUGGUGUGUCUGAAAAAGACGAAUGGGACUCGCUCAUUGAUGCUUUUGAUGUCAUGGGCUUUUCGGAAGACGAGCAACUCUCAAUACUGCGAACUGUCGCGGCCGUGCUGCACCUCGGGAACAUUGAUGCUAUCAGAGAAAGCCGAGCUGCCGAUCAAGCACGUCUGGCCCCAACGGCAAAAGAGCAGGUAGUCAAGGUCUCCAGACUGCUCGGUGUUCCAUUGGAGCCAUUUCUUCAAAGCCUACUUCAUCCCAAAGUCAAAGCCGGCCGUGAAUGGGUUGAAAAGGUACAAAGCCCGGAGCAAGUACGUUUGAGCCUCGAUGCGUUGUCCAAGGGCAUCUACGAACGCGGAUUUGGGGAUCUCGUUUCUCGAAUCAAUAAGCAGCUUGAUCGCAAUGGAAAGGGCCUAGACGACUCGUACUUCAUCGGCGUUCUCGACAUCGCAGGCUUCGAGAUCUUCGAGGCGAACAGUUUUGAGCAGCUAUGCAUCAACUACACGAAUGAGAAAUUGCAGCAAUUUUUCAAUCAUCACAUGUUUGUUCUCGAGCAGGAAGAAUAUGCCCGGGAAAAGAUUGAGUGGCAAUUCAUCGACUUUGGGCGAGAUCUGCAACCUACUAUCGACCUGAUCGAGCUUUCGAACCCUAUUGGCAUAUUUUCUUGUCUCGAUGAGGACUGCGUUAUGCCUAGAGCGACGGACGCGUCGUUUACGGACAAGCUCAACUCCUUAUGGGGCAAAAAGUCGGUUAAGUAUCGCCCUUCGCGGCUUGGACAGGGCUUUGUUCUUACCCACUACGCGGCUGAAGUCGAAUACGCGACCGACGGAUGGCUGGAAAAUAAAGAUCCGAUGAAUGAUAAUGUCACGCGACUUCUCGCCUCGUCUUCUGAUAAGCAUAUAGCCGCUCUCUUCACUGACUGUGCCGAUGUCGACGAAUAUAGCAAUUGCGGGAAAAGCCGCGUCAAAAAAGCUUUCCGUACAGUUGCUCAGCGUCACAAGGAGCAGCUUCACAGCCUCAUGGCCCAACUUCAUUCCACGCACCCUCACUUCGUACGUUAUCUGCCGAAUCAUAAAAGCGGCCUAAGCAGUUCAAAUCUCCUAGUCCUGGAUCAGCUCCGCUGCAACGGCGUUCUUGAAGGCAUUCGCAUUGCACGAACUGGCUUCCCCAACCGGCUUCCGUUCACGGAAUUUCGGCAGCGAUACGAGAUGCUCUGUUUGAAAAUGCCCAAGGGAUACUUAGAAGGUCAGGCGAUGGCGACGCUGAUGUUGGAGAAGCUGGACCUCGAUAAGGCUCUCUACCGCGUCGGUCUCACAAAGGUGUUUUUCAGGGCCGGCGUCCUCGCAGAACUGGAAGAGAAGCGCGACGCUCUGAUAACUAAAAUAAUGACUCGCUUUCAGUCGAUGGCCAGAGGAUACAUGAAAAGACGCUCAGUCUACAAGAAGCUUUUUCGAACCGAAGCGACACAAAUAAUCCAGAGAAACUUCCACGUCUAUCUUGAUCUUGCUGAGAACCCAUGGUGGCAGCUCAUAGUCAAGAUGAAACCUUUGCUCAGUACAACCCAGACUGCCACCGAAGUCAAGCGAUGCGACGCCAUUAUUAAGAAGCUCACCGACAAUAUGCGUGCCGAGACCGAGAACCGACAAAAGGCUGAAGAGGAAAGGAGGAACUGUCACUCCGAGAUGAUGCGGAUUCAGCAAACCCUAGAGAGCGAGCGCGCUUUGGCACUUGACAAGGAAGAAAUAUUUAAGAGGCUCCAGACUCAUGAGGCUGAGCUAGAAAAAAAGCUUUGCGGUGCCCUCGAGGAUCAGGAAAGGCUAGACGACCAGCUUGAUGAUCUUAUGCAAGCUAAAAAUCGGGCAGAGCGAGAAGUGGAAAUGUACCGCACGCAGCUCGAGCAAGCUGCAACGCUCAUCGCUAAACUCGAGGAAGAAAAACGUCAGCUGUUCGCCAAGUCUGCGGAACUUGAAAAUGCGGUUCGAGAAAUUUCACAGAGACAGUCUGAGCGUAGCGAAAAAGAGGCAGCCCUGGAAGACGAGUUGCAAGUCUUACAGAGCCGGCUUGCAGUGAAAAAGCAAAAGGCACGUGAAAUGGAAAAUCGACUGCUCCAGGCUGAUCAAACCUUUGAGGUAAAGCUGCACGCGGCCCACAAGGACUUGGAUUCGACCAAAGUGCGUGAGGUUUUGCUCAAGCAAGACAAUGACAAGCUUCAACAACAACUCAUGCAGUUGUCGAAGACUUCGACCGACUACGAGGAUCUCGUCCGCAACAAAGAAAGCGAGCUUGCCCUUUUGCGGAGUGACAAGCGAAAAUUUUACGCGGAUCUAAGGUCAUUGGAGGAUCAAAAAAAGGUGCUGGCGGACGAGAAGGAGAAGACUACCCUCAGGUUUCGGGAUGUCCAAGCCGAACUCACUGUGAUGAGGUCCAAAAUGCAGCUAGAGCGCGAGGCUGAAGAGGCUAAAAACCUACUCGAGGCACGACUGUCUGAGGAUGCCCAAGCCGACGAAAACCGAACCCUUCUCAAGUCUCAGAUCAAGGAUUUAAAGGAAGAACUUUUCAAAACACAGCGGGACUUAAGCCGAGAGCGUCAGUCUCGCGAUGACGUGCUCCUCCUGGGCGAACACAAGUAUCAGUCUCUCCAGGAGGAGUUUGAAAGACUAAACGAGUCCAAUAUCAUUGAAAAAGAACUCUAUGCUCAAGACACCCUGAGACGGACCACGGAGGCUCGUGCCACGGUAGAGAAAGAACGAGAUGAGGCUCGGGACGAGAUUCGACGACUACGCGUUGCGAAAACUCAGGCCGAGGAGGCCCGCCUCCAGGCCGAGUUAGCCGGUGAGAAGCAAGCGUCCAAGGUAGCACGAGAAAGAGAGGAAAGUCUCCGCAAGGACCUGGAGGCGGCUCAAGACCGGCUACGAUGGUUUGAGGAUGAAUGCGGCAAGCUCAACCGCCAGAUCGAAGAGCUCAGCAAACUGCUCUUGUCUGCAGGGGAGUUUGGCCUCAAGAACGAUCAGGUCAAAGAACGGAUGGAACAGGAGCUCAGCACGGUCAAAAGUCGACUGGCAGCCUCAGAAAAUGACAACCGCGCACUCUUGAAUAAGCUGCAGCAGAAAGGACUUGAAAUCGCCCGGUCGGCCUCGCGGGCUACCGAAGCUUCUCGAAGCCAUGUGCUCUCCGCUCAACGGGAAAAGGCUCGGUUAGAGGAGCAUAACUCGAAGCUCAACAAGCAGCUCGGCGAUGCGCAGAUGACCAUCGCCUCGUUGGAGAAGAAGGCUGAGAAGUUGCAACUCAACCUCGAAGAUCUCAACCACGAGGUGGCCCGGGAAGCCCAGAGCAGCCGAAACGCUGAAAAGGCAUCAUCGGGCUUCACUGUCCAGCUUGCCGAAGCCAACCGGACGAUCGAUUCAGAGCGUAAACAGCGCGCGCAGGCUCAAAGCACGAUUCGCUCCAUGCAGGCCUCGCUCGAAUCGCGGGAUAAGGAGCUUGAGGAGCUACGGGCGCAGAUGCUGAGCGCUCUCAGGACAGUCGAUCCGGAAGUUCAUAUCCCACAGGCGGUGGAUGAAUGCGGCGAGAAGGCACUGCUCAGAAACUUUGACCUUGUGCGAAAGGUUGAAGAGCCGCAAAAGCUACGGGCUCAGACGGUGGCGAGGAGGAAUGCCGAAAGCCAGUUGACGGAAAUGCGAGCUUCGCGCAACGAUACACCGAGCCGACCCAAGCUGGAGGAGAUUCACUUCAAUGAAACUCCCCGUAGCAAUGGCUCUCCGACGCAGGCGCGAACGGCGCGAGGAGGCGGCCGUCACACGUCAAACGAGGCAUCAACGCCGACUCGACGCGUCCCGGACUCGGAUUUGCAGGGACCGACGUGUCCGGACAAGGCGGUCGACUCGAUCGGCGUCAACGGCCGAACGGACGUCAAGAGCGAAGUCGAGGAGCUCCAUAAUCAGCUUCAGCUCGCGCAAAUGCAAAACCGACAGCUGCAAUACCGGCUUGACCGGAGCUCGCCGGGUCCGAGCGGCUACGAGGAGCAGAGUCCGUCGCUACGGCGCAUGCAGAAGCUCGAAAAAGUGAACAGCCGCCUCCACGACAUGCUAGAUGACUCGUUCAAGAAGGUAUCGGCUCUGGAGAAGAACAUUCGCACCGGCGAGUUGUCAAUGAGGGACAUCCAAACGCGAUCGCACGAAGAGAUUCUCGAUGUCCUCAACAGCCAGGAAGAAUCUCGGCGAUCCUUACUUCACAGUCACAAGGAUGCAGUGGCCGAGCUGACCGAAGUCAAAUCUCAUUUCGACAAGAUGCGGCACGAUCGGGCCAAAGCGGAUGUUGAACUGAGAGAUUCUCGGUCAGACCUGCAAGAGAUGACGCUGGCGCGCGAACAGGAGGCUCAGAGCCGCAGCCAGCUUCUGCAGGAAUACACGGAUCUGCAGAUCCGGUUGGAUGCCGAGUCGUCCAAGCUGGCAGAUGUCACGUCGAGCCUCGACAUGUACAAGAGCAGAGCAGAUGAGUACUUUAGCAAGCUAGAGCAGGCCGAAAUUGCCGUCCUCAGGGCGAACCGGGCCGAACAGUUCGCCAAGUCGCAAGUGAGGGAGGCCGAGGACACAUAUGCCGAGGUCAUGGCCGAGCGGCAGAAGAUGAAUGCCGCCAUCGAGGAGGCCCAGCGUCAGAACCAGCGACUGGAAGAGAGGGUGGAAGAUUUAUCGACUGACCUGGAGUCGGUGACACAGGCCAAGAAGAGGCUGCAGCAUGAGCUGGAGGACUACCGGAGCCAGAGGGCCAUGGACAUUGAAGACAAAGAGUCGAGCAUGGAGCAGACGCGCAAAAAGUAUCAAACGGAAUUCGCGACGCUCACCAAAGAACUUGAUCUUGCGCGUGAGGAGAAGCUUUACAAGCAGGCGGAGAUUUCGCGGCUGCGCGAGGAGCUGGACGAGUUGCGGUCCAAGUGGGACGACGAGGUCCUCAACAGCUCGACUUGGUCAAAAGAAAAGGCCCGACUGGAGUCGAUGCUGGCAGACGUGGCGUCGUGGCGCGACGAGGCCGCUCAUGCGCACAACGAGGCCCAGGGCAAGGUGGUGGCACUACUGUCGCAGGUGCGCACGCUCCGGUGUUCGGUGGACGAGAUGACAUCAGAGCGCGACUUGCUGCUCCGCGAGAAGCGCAGCGUCGAGUCCCGACUGGAGGAGGCCAAGGCGGGCCUGGAGGAGCUGGCCAAGGGCGAAAGCCCUUCGCUGCGUGACGCGGCCGCUAUGGACAAGGAGCUGUUAGACCUAAAGUCGAACCUGGCACACCAGGAGGACAUCGCGACGGUGGCAGUGGAGCGGAUGCGCCGCGCCGAGGCGCUGACAUCAGAGAUGCAGAAGGACAUUGCGACAGAACGCGACGCCAGCGCGGAGCUGCAGCGACAGAAGGCGACGCUGGAGAAGAGCUUGAACGAGGCACAGCUCAGGCUGGUGGAUCUAGAGACCAAGGGCUACUCGAGCGCCAGCCAGGACAUCAAGUUCCUGCACAGGCGAAUUCAGGAGCUCGAAGUGCAGCUGGAGACCCAAGAGACGGAACGCAGCAGGUCGCAGCGGUCCAUCCGCAACGUCGACCGCGUCGUCAAGGAUCUGCAGAGCCAGGUGGAUCGCAAGGAAAAGCAGAACUCGCAGCUGUCCGAAGACGUGGGACGCAUGCGCGACAAGGUGGACAAGUUACUGAAGACGAUCAACGACCUACAGGCGUCCGAGUCUACGACCCAGCUGUUGGCCCGGCGCGCCGAGCGUGAGCUGCGUGAGGAGAAGGAGACGACUUUGCGGCUGGAGCGCGAGCUGCAAGACUGGAAGGGGCUCAAGGUGUCUGGCAACGGCGGCGGCAGCGUUCCGGGCAGUUUACGCGGGCGCACGCCAAUGCUGCCGCCUACGUCGUUAUCAUCCAAGGCUACGGGCGAGGCCGACGAAGCAGCACCUCCAUCGACUGUGGACACGGCGCUGAGUAGGAGCAGCAUAAGCAGGUCGCCCAGCCUGACCAAGGGUUUUCUUUGAGAGAAUCGAUCUCUUCUCCAU